CGCGUCUUGGAUCGCACAGCGCGCUCCCGCUCAGAAUGGCGCCAGGGCGAGCUCGGAAUCCCCAGUUCUUGGUGGCGCCACGGCGAGCUCCAUCGGAUGGCCGCUUUGCUACUGCGGGAGCAAGUCGGAUGGCAUCUCGUUUUCACUCUCUGAAACUUAUGAGGAAGCACGGCUCGCUAGAAAAUCUAGUAAGUGCAGCGGCAAUUCGGACGGUUGUGAAGCCAUACAUGCAAGAUGCUCUCAAGGAGCAUUCCGUGUUGCUUGAGAAAAACUUGGAAGUUUUGUCCUUACGCAGAGAUAUUGACGUAGAGCUACCUCUCGAGUGGUGCUUGUCCAGGAUGAGUCAAACGAUCUUGCUGCAUUGCAGUGGCUGGAGAAAGAACUUGAAAUGCUGCAGCGUGUCUAAACAGAGAGAUAUUGACGUAGAGCUGGUGCUUGUCGAGGGAUAAGUCAAGCGAUCUUGCUGCAUUGAAGGAACUUGAAACGUUGCAGGUUGUUUAGCAGCGGUGAACUGAUCAGGCUCAAGAAUCCAUAGUCUGUCCUUGAUGGAAGCGAAGGUUGGUCCACUUCUGCAGAAACCUCAGGGUCUUUCAAAUGAAGUGUACAGACGAAUGCAACGUCAGGGAUUGAAACCAGCCAUUGGCAUUGUUGUUGGUGCUCUCAAGGUAUGUAGAAGCAUGAGAGAUCUACAACUAGGCAGGAGAAUGAACAGGGAUGUUUCCGAGACAGGUGACUUCUCAAACAUUAUCGUCGCCAACAUCCUGCUUGAUCUGUACGCGAAAUGCGGAAGCAUGAUAGAUGCUCGUGGAACAUUUGACAGCAUGCCGCAUCGCGAUGUUGUCUCCUGGAAUUCGAUCGUACAGGGAUAUGAUAUGCACAGAGUGGAAAUGGUGAAAUGGCUCUACAGUUGUUUGCUCCUCUGGGAGACGAAGGGUACAAACCGGAUCGAGUAUCAGUUCCUGGUGCUCUCAAGGCUUGUUCCAGCUUGAUAGAGAAGGAUUCCGGGCAGGCUUUGGAUGGUCAACGGGUGGUAUUCUUAGAGAGGAGCAGGGAGAUUCACAGGAAAGCAGUAAAACUUGGCUUAGACUCGGAUCUCUUCGUCGCGAGCACCUUGAUUGAUCUUUACGCAAAAUGUGGGAGCUUGACAGAGGCUCGUCGAGUUUUCGAAGGAAUGAGCCAUCGUAGUGUGGUGACAUGGAACUGCAUGAUUCUCGGGUAUGCCAGCAGCGGCGAGGGUGGUGAAGCUCUCGAUAUCUAUGCUCGAAUGCGUCGUGGAGACACUCCACCGGAUGCUUUAACUUUCAUCGCAGCGCUGAAAGCUUGUUGCCGUCUUGCGGACGAGGAACUUGCCCAUGCCCCGGCACGCAUUCGUGGCAUGUUUGUUCCCCCAUCGAUGGAUCGAUCAGUUGUUUAUGGUGAAGAAGAAACGGAAGUCUUGAAGAUUCAGAGCUUCGAAAAAGGAAGGGCCGUUCGCUUGGAAGCUGGUGAGCACUAUUCAAACAUCUUAGUGACCAACACACUUGUGGAGUUCUAUGCCAACUGUGGGAGCAUGGUGGAGUCUCGCAGUUUCUUCGACAGUAUUGAACGUCCAGACGUGGUUUCUUGGAACUGCCUCACUCUUGGUUAUGCUCAGAACGGCAAAGGCGAGCAAGCUCUUGAGAUAUUCUUUAGCAUGGACGAGAAUGGUUGCGCUCCAGAUCGUGUCACAGUUCUUGCUGCACUAAAGGCCUGUGUCACCUUGGCUGAGAAGGAACAGGGCCAGAUUGUCGACGGAGGCGUCGUUAAGCUUCGGGCUUUGCAGAGAGGCAAGGCCGUGCAUGCUCGAGCUCUCGCUUUUGUGGACGGAGAAGACCUCUCGGUUCAUAAUGCUCUCGUUGACAUGUACGCCAAGUGUGGAGGCAUGGUGGAUGCUUGGGUGGUUUUCCAAGAUAUGGUGGUGCGACUUGGACGGGGAUAAUCCUGGGGUAUGCUUGCGGCGGCCAGCACAAGCUCGUCUUACAAUCGUUCGAAAGCAUGCAAGAGGAAGGUGUUAAGGCAGAUCAUGUCACUGCUACUGCUGCAUUUAAGGCUGUUGCGACUCUAGCAGAGAAUGGAGACCGCAAGCUUGUGAAGAAAUAGCUGGAGAAAGGCAGAGCUCUCCACUUGCAAGCCGCAAGGAUUUGCGAACUGGAUGACUACUUUUCGGUGGAUAUGUAUACCAAGUGUCAAAGCACGGCGGAAGUCUUCACAGCAUCAAAGGCCCCUUGAUCUUGGGAUAUAGUCGGUUUGGAGAACCCGAGCGAGCUCUGGAGUUCUACACUCGGUUGCUGCACGAGAAAAGCUUGUAACCGGACGUACGUUGCUGCUCUCAAAGCCUGCGCUGAGCCUUGCAGCACUGGACUUCGGGCAGCAGAUUCACGUACAAGCUUGCAGUGCUGGAUUGGAUACAGAGGCAUCGGUGGGAAGUUCUUUCUCUCAAAACGAGGCGCUCAAAGAGCGUGGCCUUGCAAGGUGGACGCGGUGGUGUGGAUGGCAUUCUUAAGUUCGUGCCUCAAGUGGAGAAAUGUGGAGCUUGGCAGGAUGGCCUUCAAGUCGGUUCUCAAGCUCGACGAUGGAACAGGCUCUGCGUACUCUCUCACGUCCAACAUCUAUGCCCGAGGAAGGCAUGGGGACUCAAGAGAAACGAGCAGAACACAAGCAAGAACAGCGAAGAACAAGGAUAAAGCAAGGAGAGGGGAAGCGGUUUAAAGGAAGGAGAGCGCUUGAACGUGGAUGAUGGUGUGCUUUGGAUCAACGUAGCCAGUGGAAGUUAGGAAAAUGGAAGAACGAGGUUUGCGGACACUGGAAACACUCGGUCUCGGUGAUGAGGUUACUUUUUGGCGCAACAAGGACAUCGAUGUUCACUUGGUUGCUAACAAGAGGAUGUUCUCGAGCUCAAAGGGUUGAACACGUAACAAAUAAAAGGGAAAGAGUUGACGGCUUAUAAAUUCCCACA